AAUCUCUCUCUCUUUCCCUCUCUCUCUCUCUCUCUCUUUCCCUCUCUCUCUCAACUGUGUUUUUAUCUGCAACAGCCCAGGGCAACCACCACCGUUCCUUCUUCCUCGUGUGCCCCCAUUCCAAUCCCAACAAAACAAAAUUUCCCAGUACCAACUUGCUCAGACGGUAUCCAAAAAACGGACACAAACCUGAUCCGCGAAAUUCGUACUACUUUAGAUACAGUACUAUUUCUCCUCUUCUUCUUUUCACGUCUCAUCUCUCUCACAGUCACAGUCUUCCAAAAACGCAAAAUUAAUCAAAACCACCUGACCUGAGUAGUCCGCAUCUGUUUGUUCAAUUUCUAGGAGGGUUUGAAAAUGGUCAGUCCGAAAGCGAGAACCGGAGACGACGGCGUGCCCUGCGACUACUGCAACCAACACAGCGCCGUCCUCUACUGCAGAGCCGACUCCGCCAAACUGUGCCUGCUGUGCGACAACCACGUCCAUUCCGCCAACGCCCUCUCCAGGAAACACCUCCGCUCCCAGAUCUGCGACAACUGCGCCUCGCAGCCCGUCUCCAGCCGCUGCCACACCGACAACCUCCUCCUCUGCCAGGACUGCGACUGGGACGCCCACGGCACCACCACCUCCUUCCACCGUCGCUCCCCCGUCGAUGCCUUCUCCGGAUGCCCCUCCGCCCUCCACCUCGCCUCCGCUUGGGGCCUCGAUUUGCUGGGUGCCAAGAGACCCCACCAUAUUGUCAACUGGACUUGUUAUCAGGACCCCGAUAACGUUAAUAAUAAUAACAAUAAUCCUUUCGAUUCUUCGUGGAUGUAUGAUAAGUCAUUGCAGGAUUUGAUGGUACCGAGUGGGAAUUGGAAUGGCAGGAUUGUUUAUUCGACGGAUGAUAUUUGUUACGAUGUUGGUUCUAAGAAGCAAAAGCAGCAGGUGGUGUCGAGGCAGUUGAUUGAGCUGUUUAAUAGAGAGGGAGUGGGAGUGGAUUGUGGUGGGGAGAAGUUGGUUUUGGAUACGCCACCAAACAGGCGUGGUUGGGAGGGGAAUGUUGAAGCUGGUAUUGGUUUGGGAAAUGGGGGUGAUGAGGGUAUGGAUGUGAAUCAAUCCCUGCAACCACGACGAGAAGAAGAGGAACAAGAAGAAGCACCCUUUGAUAACUCCCUAUUUAUGGUUCAGACGCAUGUGGAUCUGAAAGAUAGGGAUCCAGUUGCUGUUGGGAACAACACCACAUGGGAGAUUAAUCCCAAGGGUCUGGGUGCUCAGAUAUGGGAUUUUAACUUAGGGCGGUUGAGGGGCACUGAAGAAUCUGGUCAGUCGGAAGUAGUAUAUGCUGCAAGCAAUUCAGGUUUUAUGAUGAAGAGUUAUAGUGAACUCUUGAAAGAAGCAUCUUUGGUGACUACAAAAGGUUGUGGAGACAUCUUUGGGGUGAAUCCCUCCAUGGCGCAUGAGGAUACCGCGACAUUCAAUCAUAGCCCAAAUAAUGCAACGGCAAGCCAGGAGCCUGCAACAUCAGAGAGUAACAAUUUACCUGUAGCAAGACCACCCUUGUCACGUUUGGCCUUUGGUAACUCAAAAUGCUAUCCAUGGGAAAUCCAUUUUGCGGACCAGUCUGUUCUGAUGAGAGAUGAGACCACAAGAACAGCAUCAGUAACGAAGGCUGAUGUGGAGGUGCUUGUGCAAAACAGAGGAAAUGCCAUGCUACGCUACAAGGAAAAGAAGAAGACCCGAAGAUAUGAUAAGCACAUCCGGUACGAGUCCAGGAAGGCCAGAGCAGACACUAGGAAGCGAGUGAAAGGUCGAUUUGUAAAGGCUACAGAGGCUCCAGAUGGUUAAGUCCCUUCUGAAUGACUUCUUUCAGAUGUAGUUUUCCUGAUCCAUCUUGUAUGUAUAUUCAUAUUUUCUCCCACUUAAAUGUACAAGUCAUGUGGCCUUUUGUUUCUUGUGUGAUGGCAACACUUUUAUUCCAGCAUGAUCUCUCUUUCUCCACACAACAACUAUGCCAUUUGAGUCUUAUUUUACUGAUGUGAAUAAUAGUAGCUGGCAGGAUAUAUGGGCUGGUGCCAUCAAAUAUGCACACAAGGGUGAAAAUGCAAAGCCGGAAUGGGUAGCUGCUAUGGAAUAUUUCUUCUGGGAAAUGAUAUUCAGUGUCAAUCCUAUAGUAGUUUGACUCUUCAUCUUUUUGAUGAAAAUAAUCUUUGCUUUCAUUUAAUUCUAUUUAUCAGCAGAGUCGUGGACACCUUCUUUCGUU